AUGUCAAGUCAUACCUCAAAAAAAGAAAAGCGCUUUCUUUUUACCUCAGAGUCUGUUGCUGAAGGUCAUUCUGAUAAGAUGUGUGAUCAGAUAAGUGAUGCUGUUCUGGAUGCUCAUCUUGCCAUUGAUCCAGAUGCCAAGGUUGCCUGUGAGUGUGUAGCAAAAACUGGAAUGAUUUUGCUUUGUGGAGAGAUUACUUCCCAAGCUAUAGUGGAUUACCAGCAAAUUGUCAGAGAGACAAUUAAGAACAUAGGGUAUGAUGAUUCCUCCAAAGGAUUGGACUAUAAGACUUGUACAGUUUUAGUAGCUUUAGAGCAGCAGUGCAAAGAGAUCAAGCAUGCUGUGUCCCAUGGCAAGAGUGAUGAUGACAUUGGAGCAGGGGAUCAGGGCCUGAUGUUUGGCUACGCCACUGACGAGACGGACGCGUGCAUGCCCCUAACAGUCCUGCUGGCACACAGGCUGACUGCACGGAUAAAGGUGCUGGGCCGCGACGGGACCUGGCCCUGGGUUAGACCCGACGGGAAAACACAGGUCACAAUGGAAUACAAGGAGUGCAAUGGAGCAGUGGAGCCCAUCCGAGUGCACACACUUGUGGUCUCAGUACAUCAUGCUCCGGAUAUACCUGUAGAGCAAAUACGGAAGGAGCUAAUGGAGAAAGUUGUUAAAGUAGUAAUUCCAGAGAAGUACCUUGAUGAGCACACGAUUUAUCACCUCCUUCCAAGUGAAAAGUUUGUAGAAGGGGGUCCUAAGAGCGAUGCUGGGCUGACUGGCAGGAAGAUCAUUGUUGAUACCUAUGGAGGCUGGGGAGCCCACGGAGGGGGCGCUUUCUCUGGAAAAGAUCCUUCCAAAGUUGAUCGCUCUGCAGCAUACGCAGCUCGCUGGGUUGCAAAAUCUCUGGUGAAAGCUGGCCUCUGUAAAAGAGUAUUAAUCCAGCUAUCAUACGCUAUUGGUCUGAGUCAUCCUCUUGCAAUCUCGGUGUUUCAUUAUGGCACGUCAGACAGAUCGGAGGAAGAACUGCUCGAGAUAGUACAGAAAAACUUUGAUCUACGCCUUGGAGCUAUCAUAAGGGAGCUGGAUUUGAAGAGGCCGAUGUAUCAAAAAACAGCAUGUUACGGGCAUUUUGGAAGAGAAGAAUUUACAUGGGAGAAACCCAAAAAACUUGUGUUUUAGACUUUUCAAAAUAUUUUGCUUAAUCAGAUUCAACUUUACUAAUCAGAUUCAACUUUAAGCUUCAUGAAAAGAUUGUAUGUGGUCUUCUUUAAAUGACAUUCUGUAGCUAGUAGAUGUAUGGACAAUUAUUUAUAUUUAAUUUUCAACUUCAAUAGUGGCCUGAAAUGCAUGCCCUCCAGCUAAGAAACCCUUUGCUCUGUCUCUGUUAUCAGAAUGAUCAAUUUAGACCUUUGGCUGUGAUCAGAUGUUAAAUGAAGAGCAGGCUGUGGAAGUUAAAGUGAUUCGUGUCCCGCCAGGGAAGCCUCAUGCUGCUUGGUCAGGUAACUUAGUCCAGUAAUGGUGCAAAUUCCAUGACUACACCUUCUGUAAUGGUUCUUCUGAUCCCAGCAAAUUGCUAAGGUAUUUCAGAACACUGCCCGUUGUAACCCUAAUAUACGUUAGCAAUGUGGUAGUGUUAUCUGUUUGCUUUUUUCCCCAAGAGACAAAAUUCAAAAUACCCUAGCUUUUCUUAGAAGACUAUGGAGGAAUUAAAAGAUUUAUAUAUAGGAAGUAGCUAUUCUGGUGAGCAGAUUUAUCAGCAUAUUGCAGUCUAAGAGAGAGUGUUGAAAUGCUGUAACUGCUUUUGCUUAAUACUAGGGAAUUUUAAUAAACAAUUAAGCAAAUACCUCUCUCCUUCCCAUCAAAGGGAUAGCAUGGGCUUCAGCGAUGUGUGUAAUUAAAUGCAAAUAGUUUAAUAUAACACUAGUUUUGAACAAGUUUUCAAAAGCUUCCUUGUGAAGAUUGAUUGAUCCAGUGCUCCUUCCAUGGAGCAGAGCCAAAGCAAGGUCAUGGUUCGGCAGCUCCAGUACAUUACCUGGCCUGAUACAGUCAACCUGAUCUACCACAGCAGUGCUGCAGUCACUCUCGAGCCUUACAAAGGGCUCGUUUUAUUAUGAAAGGAACCUGAAAGUUCCUGGAAUAAAAGCUGCAGUUUUCUUGCUAGAUCAAGUAUUCCUUUUUUAAUGACAGGUUUCCCUUUGUAUCAGAGGUUAGCUUAGACCCUUGCUUUGCCUGCAGUCCAGUGUAAUCCAGUGUAUGGCAACACGGUUGCAAAACUGCAUUUAAUCUUUAUUAAAAUAGACCAAAGCUAGUGUUGUCUACAAAAUAUUAGCAUAGUUUGGUAAAAAUUCUGAAAAGUCAGAAGAACUCACCCCCUGUCAUAGCAGUAUUGAAGUAAAAUGUUUAAAUGAUGACAGGCUGCCAAGAUUGUUAUACAGUAAAUGAGCUGCAAUGAUAUUUUGAAAGGUACUUCCAUAAACGGCCCUUUAGCCUCAAUUUAACUCUGUUUUGAAACUUUACCCUGCCAAAUUUGAAUGGUGUUUUUGGUAGGAAACUGUGGUUAUCGUUUUGUCAGGAGAAAAGCACAUUUUGAUAAAGUCUUUUGCUAAAUUUGAAGAGGGAAUGAAUUGUUUUGUGGCCAUGUUUCUUAAACUGAAAAAAAAAAAAAACCCAAAACCAAAAACUGUGCUAAUUUUUAGACAUCUGGAGUCUAAAAGAGAUAAAUUGGCCACGGGGUAUUUGGACAGUAAGUAUCUGCAGAUCUCAUCAAAAUAUGGUUCAUCUUGCCCUUUGGCUUCCUGUAAAAUUGUGUUGAGAUGAAAGUUACAGACUUUGCCUCCAAUGGCUUGAGUAGUUUUUCAGGGAAUUUUUCUCAAGUACCUAACAUUUCGUAAGAACAGAUCAACUAUUGGGAUUCUCUGCUGUUGUCUUAGUUCCCUUAACUUGUGCAGGAGCUGCACUUUCUGGUCUGAGAGAUGAAAAAAUGUU